UGGGGACGGCUGCCAGCAUGUCGGAUCCCCACGGGAAAGGCUGCGACGAGAUGGACUCGCACUCCAGAGUUCCCAGCAUCCACAUGACCCGGUCCAAUAGAGUAUGUGGCCGCCCCAGAGCUCAGUACCGGAACGUGGGGGGUGAGGAUUCGAUGGAAGGUGAGUGGCCCUGGCAGGCGAGUCUGCUCUGGUACAACAAACAUCUGUGCGGGGGAUCCCUCAUCUCCAACCAGUGGGUGGUGACGGCAGCUCAUUGCUUCCAACGGAGUUUGAACACCUCCAGCUACAUGGUGCUGCUGGGAGUCAACAAGUUGGCCAACAGUCAACCUCACAAGCUGUCCUUGGGCGUGAGACGCAUCAUCCGCCACCCGAAAUACUCAGGGGAAUCUUCCAGUGGGGACAUAGCCUUGGUGGAGCUGGAGAGACCCAUCCAAUUCACUGAUUAUAUCCUCCCCAUCUGCCUCCCAGCUGCCUCUGUCCAGUUCCCAGCAGGCAUGAAAUGCUGGGUGACGGGCUGGGGCAACAUCCAGGAAGGAGAGGACCUGCCAGCUCCGCAGACCCUCCAGAAGCUUCAGGUGCCCAUUAUAGACCAGAAGACCUGCAGGUAUCUCUACAACAUGGCGCUGGGGGAGAAGUUCCCACCCAAGGCCAUCCAGAAUGACAUGAUGUGUGCCGGGUAUGCUGAGGGCAUGAAGGAUACAUGCAAGGGGGACUCCGGCGGCCCGCUGGUCUGCAAGGCCUCCAAGGAGUGGCUGCUGGCCGGGAUCAUCAGCUGGGGCGAAGGCUGUGCCAUCAAGAACCGCCCUGGGGUCUACAUCCGCCUCACCUCCUAUGAGGCCUGGAUCCACAACCACAUCCCCGACAUCGAGUUUGUGCCAGAGGAGAAGGGGAGGAACGUGUUCGGGAACGCCGGGGCUGGCUGGGCCGGGAGGACCAGCAUGACCACCUGGCUGCCGCUGCUCAUCGGGCUUCUCCUCAUGGAGGUCUAG